GAGAGCGAGAGAGAGCGAAAGAGUUUACUCUGCUGGACUCCGGGAGGCUGAAGCUCAUCCUCACCAUUCUCUACAGCGGAGGAACAAACCCGCAGCACGACAUUAAACUGUGUUCAGAGUUGAAACUUUUCCAGCUUCAGAAGAAACGUCAGUGCUGAAGUUGGAGGUAACAAGGUGGUUAACACGCUCUGCUGUGCUCCCUUUUGAGCCGCCCCAUCCUCCCUCCCCAUCCUUUGACUCUGCCUCUUCCAACAUGUCCUCUCAAGACACUGCCAUCAAGGGGUCUCGACCUGUGACCCCUCCACUGCCUUCUCCAAGAUCCCCACGGUCUCCAGAAUCUCUGCACCUCCCGGCCUGCAGACACAGAGAUCGCUCGCCUUCCCCUAUGAGAGGCUACCUCAUCCCCAGCCCUCUUCCCACACGCAGAAACAGGACCUGCUCAGCGACGGCUCGUGCAUCGGAGGGACCCGUGUUUACUGGCGUGUGUAAAUAUUUCUCGCGCUCCAAAGGCCAUGGAUUUAUCACGCCAUCGGACGGGGGCGCUGACAUCUUUGUCCACAUCUCAGACAUCGAGGGCGAGUAUGUGCCGGUGGAAGGCGAUGAAGUGAGCUACAAGGUUUGCUGCAUCCCUCCUAAACUCGAGAAGAUCCAGGCAGUGGAGGUGACCAUAACCCAUCUCAAACCUGGGACCAAACACGAAACCUGGUCGGGGCACACCGUCGACAGCUGAACACCUGAACCGCACUGAUGGGAGGGAAGAGGAGUGGGUGGAGUCAGCAUGAUUG